CAGGGCUUCCUCUGCUGCAGGAUCGGACACGUUCAGUUCAGUCUGCACAGCUCUCUAGCGGUUGAUCUCUGUGUUGUAAACUCAGCAGUGUGAUCAUGUUGGCAUCACGGGCACACCUCGCCAAGCAGGCCGCAGCCAUGCUGGUGCGCCAACCCGCCUGCCUGAUGCAUCAUGGGGGAGACUGGGGCAACUGGGGCAACACCAACGUCGCUGUGGUGUUCUCAGGCUGCGGUUGGUGGGAUGGAACUGACAUCCAUGAGGCUGCGUACACCAUGUACCACUUGAGCCGUAAUGGAGCCCGUUUUCAGAUCUUUGCCCCAAACCAGCAGCAAAUGCACGUCAUGGACCACAUGAAGAUGCAGCCAUCAUCAAGUGACAACAGGAACAUGAUGAUAGAGUCUGCGCGAUUCAGCCAUGGUCAGGGCAUGAUGCAGAUGAACGAUCUGUCUAAACUGGACGUCAGCAGCUUUGACGCCGUCAUCUUCCCUGGAGGCCACGGAGUAGUCAAGAACCUGAUCCUGCUCUGUCUUUGGCUCAGUCUGUCCAGCAUGGCUCCUCUCCUGGCGUGCCGAGUGCUGCCCAAUCUGGAAGUCACGAUGGGUUACGAACGUGACGAGAGCAGCCGCUGGGGCCGCUGGCCCAACACCACCAUGGUGCAGGCGGUCAAGAGCAUGGGGGCCCGUCACAACACCCGUGAACCUUACGAGGCCUAUGUGGAUGAGAAAAACAAGGUGAUCAGCACUCCAACUUUCAUGUGGGAGACUGACUUUCACUACCAUUACAUCUUUGAUGGCAUCGGGAACAUGGUCAAGCACGUCAUGCGCAUGACUGCCAAGUGAUUCCUGUGAGAUGCAAGACACCAGAAGGCUUUCACACUUAACUUUAGGUUGACCCGAAUCCGCUAUUAUGUGGACAUAUAGAGAGCAAAUAAAGAAAAGCAUACAAUGCAA